AUGCGUUUCGAAAGUCUCGCCCUGGUUGGGCUAUUCGCAUCCUCUGCCUUGGCCGUCCCCAAGGCCAAGCGCACUCUUGACCCUUCUCAGCCCAUCAACGACAGUGGGAAGGGUGCCCCUUUGUUGGGCGGAACCAACAAGGCCAAUGACCUCCAGAACCCGGAUCAGCUCAGGACCCCGAGCACUGACAACGGCUUUGUUCCUAAUGUCAAAUGGAGUUUCUCUCAGUCUCAGACUAAGCUUUUCCCGGGCGGUUGGUCCAGAGAGCAAGUGAUUCAAGAUCUGCCCCAGAGCCAUGAUAUUGCUGGUGCCCAGCAGCAUCUCAAGAAGGGUGCCAUUCGUGAGCUUCACUGGCACAGAGUGGCUGAGUGGGGAUUUGUUUACAAUGGCUCCCUGCUCCUGACCGGAGUCGAUGAGGAUGGCGGCUUUACAACUGAAGUUCUCAAGACCGGUGAUAUCUGGUAUUUCCCUAAGGGCGUCGCCCAUAACGUCCAAGGCCUGGACGAGGAGAAUGAGUACCUUCUAGCUUUUGACGACGGCGACUUCGAGAAAGUCGGAACCACUUUCAUGGUCGAUGACUGGAUUACCCAUACCCCCCGGGACGUGCUUGCAAAGAACUUCGGUGUUAGCCCUGAUGUCUUUGACAAGGUCCCAACCAAGUUCCCUUACAUCCUGAACGGUACCGUCAGUGACGACCUGAAGAAGGCGCCCGAGGGAACUCUCAAGGGUAACAGCUCAUAUGUCUUCCACACCUAUGACCACCCAUCUGAGCCUGUCCCUGGACACGGUGGAACCUUGCGCAAGAUUGACUCGAGAAACUUCCCCAUCUCGAAGACCAUCGCUGCUGCCGUCAUCGAGCUUGAGCCCAAGGGUCUUCGUGAGCUUCACUGGCACCCUAAUGCUGAGGAGUGGCUGUACUUCCACCAGGGACAGGCCCGCGCUACUAUCUUCAUUGGUGGCUCUAAUGCCCGUACCUUCGACUUCACUGCUGGUGACACCGCAGUCUUCCCGGACAACUCUGGCCACUAUAUUGAAAACACCUCCGAAACCGAGAAGCUUAUCUGGAUCGAGCUCUACAAGAGCGAUCGGGUUGCUGAUAUUUCGUUGGCCCAGUGGCUCGCGCUGACGCCAUCCGACACUGUCGCCAACGUUUUGAAGGUGGACAUCGAAGUUGUGGAGAAGAUCAAGAAGGAGAAACAACUCCUUAUUCCGGGUAACAAAUAG